UCAAAUUCGAGCUCAAGCAAUAGAGGUCCAAGGAGGAAGAUUUAAGAAGGAAAAAGUGUGAAGGAUUAAGGUAGCAGGAUGAAUGCCAAUGCCUUGUUCGCGAAGAGGAAGGGCAAGACCCAGCAAAAGGAGAAGGGGCCCUCGAGCCAGAAGCCAGUUGACGCGCUUUUCCCGAAGGCCAUAGAGCCUUCCGCCGGGGACGCCCAUGCUGCUGUGCGGACCGGGGGGUCGAAGGCCGAGGCGGCCGCUAAGAAGAAGAGGAGCGACAAAGGGGUGGAGCCCCCCACCAAGAAGCAGAAAGGCGCCGUGGGUGCUGUCGGGGAGGCGGCCCCCCUCAUAGUCAUUGAUGACAUGCCCGCCGUUGAUGAGCCUCUGGCCUCGGUCCCCCCGAAGGAUCCGGUGAAUCCCCCCCGGGCGGAAUCACCCCGGGAGAUCCGUCAGCUCUCCUUUGCCCCCGGCGCUUCAUUGAUGCACGGCACUGCCGAGCCGAAGGCCUUCCUGCGGGGCAUCACCUCGAAGAUGGACAGGGAAGUCUUCGAGACCUACGAUGACGAUGCCCUCGAGAACAGGAUCCUCCGGUCCUCGCUCACUGCCUGCAUAGCCCUCGGGGAACAGGCCCGGAGGCGCGAGGAAAGGCGUCUUCACGAGGCCGCCCAGGAUAAGAAGGUGGAGGGGCUGAUCCGUAAGAACUCCGAGGCAGUGAAGCAUGCUGCCCAACUGGAGGAGGCCCUUCGGGAGGCGAAGGCGGCGGUGGAGAAGGCCAAGGCUGAUGGUAUAGCCGAAGGCAAGGC